GUUGUAUUGUCAAACAUUGGUGUAAUAACCGGUGCCCAUCGAUACGGUACACACCGUGCGUUCAAAGCCAAAUGGCCACUUCGGGUGAUACUACUGUCGCUCCAGACGUUUAGUGGACAGAAAUCAAUGAUCGAGUGGGCCCGCGAUCAUCACAGCCAUCACAAGUACGAGGGAACCGAUGCCGAUGUUGUCAAUAUUAAUCGCGGCUUUUUCUACGCCCAUAUCGGUUGGAUAAUGAUUAAGUUGUUGCCGGAGUGCAGUGAAAAACGCAAACAAUUAGAUGUAUCGUAUCUCUGGUCGGAUCCGAUAAUAAGAUUUCAGUACAAAUACUAUGAACCAUUGGUUGUCAUAUUUUGCAUACUAGUGCCCACAUUGAUGCCGAUGUUUAUGUUUGGCGAAACAUUUGUCAAUAGCUAUCACUUGUGUUUCCUUCUAAGAUAUGUCUAUGUUCUUCAGCUAUCUUUUUGUGGUAAUUCAGUGGCACAUAUAGAUUGUGGUACCAAACCAUAUGAUAAAUCAAUGACAUCAGUGCAUAACAAUCUGUUCAAUUAUGCAGCAUUAGGUGGUGUCUAUCAUAACUACCAUCACGUCUAUCCACGCGACUACUCGGCCAGUGAGUUCGGUUGGGACGUCAACUUCAAUGUCAAUACGGCUUUCAUUGAUUUUUUUCAUUGGAUCGGUUGGGCAUACGAUCUGAAGAAAGUACCUCAAGAAGUGAUCGACAAACGAAAACAACGAACGGGUGGACCGCAGACCAAGACUUUCAUACAAAACAAUGUUAUCUACGACUGGAUCUAUGGGUUCUUCAUGAGCUCCAUAGUCUUCUGGAUAUUACUAUCGAUUAGGAUCCUAAUUGGUUAUACACUUUAA